AUGGCUAUAAGUGGUUUAAUUUCCAACACAAACUUGACUUCUUUCAUUGCAUCAGGAAAUUAUCAAUUGAGAAAGGAUCUAUCACUUCAAAGAGGAAGCAUUUUUAGUGUUCGUCAUGGUGGCCAGAUUGCAAAGAACCUCUUUGCAAGAAAAAUAAGCCAUAUUGAACAAAGAGAAGUAUAUGGACUAGGAGUAAGAAAGCUUAGUAAGCUAAAUAGAGGCUGCGUUCAUUACAGGUCAGAGGAGUAUUAUGACAUUGAUGAAACAAAGGUGGUUCCUGUGGUAUCUGAUGAAGGAACAGGCGAGGCAAUUCAAUUGGAAGGAAAUGGUGCACUGGUUUCUCCUUGGUGGCGGCGGCUUCCUAAGCGCUGGCUUAUCGUAUUGCUGUGCUUUACUGCAUUUCUUCUAUGCAACAUGGACCGUGUGAGUAUCUUGUUUUGGUAA